CCAGGACAGGUAGAGAUAUCCUGAAUGUUCAGAAUAGCACCAUGAGAUUAAGGAGAAAGUUUCCUACAUCAUCCCAUCUCUUUCUCCUAGGCUUUUUGUUCCUCAUUCUGUCAUUUGCUGCUUACAUUGGCUUUGUUGAAAAAUAUCCAUACAGCCAUUUCUUUAGUUUUCAGUAUGUCAAAAUUGUGCCUCUGUUUGACAUCCAAAACGAUGUACAAGAAGUUGUAGCUACCAACCCAAAGCCAUUAGAGCUCCCAGAUACAAGAGUGGGACCAGGCAGUUCUUCACUGCAGAAUGAUCCUGUGAAGAGAUCGGGAAACAAUGGCCAUGGGAAGCAUGCAGAGGUCCAAGAUGCAUCAAUAUCACCCCAAAAGCAAACCAGGAGUAGGCCUGUCAUAGUGGAAACUGGUCAAAAAUCAGCCAAGAAGAAAGAAAGGCCUUCAUUAAACAAAACUCAAGCUAAAGAGAGUAAGGAGAUACCUGCAGCAAGCCAAAACCAUGCCAAAAUUUUGGUUGAAACACGAUCAUUUAAUAAAGAUGGGAAGACUAAUUCACCGGCCUCCAACAAAAAGGAAGAAACAAAUAAAAGUAUGGCACCAGGAAAUGAAGAAAAGGAGAAAGCAAAGGCUAAACGGGUGACACCACUACCCAUAAGAAAGCAGACUGCAGGAAAAGCAGCCAAACAACAACAGUUUCUUGGUAAAAAUGCCACACUGCCCUCUAGAGCUAAUCAAACUCACUGGAGAAAGCAAUCCAACAAAACAAACUUCAUUAAAGAACACUCUGCCAAGGCAUCAGUAUCUGAUGUUCAACAAGUCACACAUCCGGCUCCUUUAGCAACAACCCCUAAAAGGUUAAAAGCAGCUGACUUUAAAUCUGAACCCCGCUGGGAGUUUGAUGACGUUUACCUCUUGGAUGAUUCAACGCCACCGUCAACCUGCCCAGAUUCUUUGAGGAACAAGGCUGCCAAAUCUGAUUGGUUACAUGAUGUUUUCCUCCCCAACAUCACAGUCUUCAUGGACAGGAGUCACUUCAGUGACAGUGAAUGGAAGCGUAUGGACCAUUUUGCUCCACCCUUUGGCUUCAUGGAGCUAAACUUCUCAUUGGUAAAAGAAGUGAUAUCCAUGCUUCCUUAUAAACCCUACCAUCACAUUCUCUUUGCACGCAACAGCAGUCAGACCUCCAAGUGCAUCACUUGUGCAGUAGUAGGAAAUGGAGGGAUACUGAAUAAUUCCAGAAUGGGCAAGGAAAUUGACUCUCAUGAUUAUGUGUUCCGAGUGAGUGGAGCUGUGAUCAAAGGUUAUGAAAAAGAUGUGGGAACAAGAACUUCUUUCUAUGGAUUCACAGCUUACUCCUUAAUGACUUCAAUUAUGAUUCUGGGGAAUCGUGGAUUCAAGAAGAUCCCUGCAGGAAAAGAGAUCAAGUAUCUACACUUCCUGGAAGGGACAAGAGAUUAUGAAUGGCUGAAAGCUCUUCUUCUGAACAUCAAUGUCAGGAAGGGAUUUUUGGACGACUAUGGACCAAGGCCCCGGGAUAAAUUUGACAAUUUCAAUUUGGAUCAAUACUUUGUGAUUCAUCCAGACUUUCUCAGAUACACUAAAAACAGGUUUUUGAAGUCCAAAACUCUAGAAAAGCCCUACUGGCGCAUAUAGAGGCCUACAACAGGUGCCUUCCUUCUUUUGACUGCACUCCACCUCUGUGAUCAGGUGAGCGCUUAUGGAUAUAUCACCGAAGGCUACCAAAAGUAUUCAGAUCACUAUUAUGAUAAAGAACGGAAGCGUUUAAUCUUUUAUACCAACCAUGACUUCAAUCUGGAACGGAAUGUAUGGAAACAACUUCAUGACGCAAAUAUUAUGAAGCUCUAUCAACGAACCUGACGGAACCAGAUUAUGAACUCCCGAUUGGAGUGGGUUAUUUUGCUAUAGCACAGAAACUUUGAAAACAGGGGUGUUAUUGGAACAUGCUGCUAUCUAAGAUGCACUAGUAAUUUUUUUUCUGAAUGGUUCCAUAACACUUAAGGUAUUUCCAAAAAUAUCCAUUCCAUGAACCAUUAUUAUCCAUCUAGGACAAAAAGAUACAAAAAGAUUAUGCAAUUUAAGAGGAUAAUUUAAUGUAGGAAUAAUUAAAUCCUGAGUAUGAGAUUACAUGAAGGAGAGAGGGAGUGUCACAGACAAUUUAUGAUGUCUGACCACUUUUUUCCAAACGUUCAGACAAAGAGAUUUUUGAUAUUGAGGUUAGAACUAAUAAACCUGAAUCCAAAUAACUACUAAAUAGGAGCAGAUAACUCUUAGGUGCUACCUAGUGGCUCUUCCGAUAAUUGGAGCCCCCAAUAUACUUGCCCUACCUGAAAUACUAGUGUUGAAUCUUAUCUGCAUACAUGUGAACCUUUUUUUCUUCACCAGUAAAACAAGAAUCAUGAUAGCUUAGUUUUAAUGUGAAGCCAUUACCUUUUAAUGUGAAAAUGGACUU